AUGCAUUUCUCCUCCGCCGCAGCUCUAAUCGCCCUCUCCACCUUCAGUGUCACAUACGCUGCGCCCUUCGCCAAUCCCCAAGAAGAGAUCGUUCGCCGUAAAGUCACCUACCAAGUCGUCAAUGUCGACGGGAAGUCUACCAGCUCUGCUGCUCCAGAAGUUCAGACUGUGACCGAGACCGUCCAGUCUGUCACCACUGCAAUUGGGGCUCCUUCUCUUUUCAUCGCCGUCACUGUGACAGCAACUCCGACCAGCACUCCAAUUCCGUGCUCGACUCCCCACUCUCAUGUCGCACCUCCUCCCGGCGCUUCUUUCUUCCCUCCUCCCAAUGAUGGCUCAGGCUUCUUCCGUCGGGGUCUGAUGGCUGCUGGCGAUCCUUUGCAGUUCUCUCGUGGCUAUGAAUCCUCCACGGCCAGUGUCACUGCCUCCCCUCUAGCUGCCCGUGGCUGGUACUCUUCUCCCGCCGCCACUCCCAGUUUCACCGCCAGCAGCACUCCCUCUCUGGUCGCCCGUGAAUUUGGUAGCUGGAGCUCUAGCAGUUCCCUGCCUGUCACUCCUAUCUCGACUCCUCUCAUCGCUCGGGACUUCCACGACUAG